AUUUUUCAUUGGAGUUCUCAGAAGUGAUGUGGUUAUAUCUUGGUCUGUGUGCCUGAAAAAACUCAUAUAAGAGAGUAUCUAGUAAUAGGCAUUGUGUUAAAAGUAAACUUACUAUACUAUUGCUUAAUUCUUUGUAUCCUUUUCAUGGGUUCUUGCCCCCAAAUCCGAUCAGCAAUAACAGCAUUUCUUGAAAUAAAUUAUUACUACAAUUCUAAUACAUUUUUUUCCAGAUAAUGGAUUCAUACCUGACUCACUUCUAGAAGAUGUGAUGAAAGCUUUGGACCUUGUUUCAGAUCCUGAAUAUAUAACUCUCAUGAAGAAUAAAUUAGAUCCAGAAGGAUUGGGAAUCAUAUUAUUGGGUCCAUUUCUUCAAGAAUUUUUUCCUGAUCAGGGCUCCAGUGGUCCAGAAUCAUUUACUGUCUACCACUACAAUGGACUGAAGCAAUCAAAUUACAAUGAAAAGGUAAUGUACGUGGAAGGGACUGCAGUGGUUAUGGGUUUUGAAGAUACUAUGCUACAGACGGAUGACACUCCCAUUAAACGCUGUCUCCAAACCAAAUGGCCAUGUAUUGAAUUACUCUGGACCACAGAUCGCUCUCCUUCACUAAAUUGAUUUGCCUACUGUUUAUAAGGAAGAUUGUAGUAACAGAUGUUGAAAGGGGAAUUCAUGACUGGCAAAUGGCUAAAUUAAGCUAAACACUGGCACCACUGAUAAGCUGUAAAUAACAAUUAAAAACACAUUAGUGUUUAAGAUAUGUUUAAGUUAUUUGUUUUAAAGCUUUAUGUUAAAGGUUACCCUAUUUUAACCCUUAUGUGAAAUUAACUAGCAAAAUUAAGCUUUAAUCAAAGUUUGUUACUUAACAGACAGAUAAUUGGCCAUUUAUCAAAUUACAAGCAUCAUAAUAGUAUGUAGCAUUUUUAGAAAAGAA